AUGUCACUGAAAAGGCAGAUAUCAAUAAUCUUUGAAAAUGCGCACUACUUCAUAGUUAAUAAACCGCCUGGCACACCAUCUCAACCACCAGACUCGAGAACGUGGAAGAGAACACACCCUGACCUUGAUCCAACUCCACUAUUAGAAAAUUUCAAAACCCUUUAUUCCUCAGAUAAACAAGUGGAAUCAUGCCGAACCGUGCAUAGGAUAGACCAUUGCGUAACUGGGGGCAUGCUGAUUGCAAAAACUAAAGAUGCCAGUGCAAAGUUUUCUAGGUUUUUACGAAAAGGCGGUAAUAACGGUUAUAAAUUGCAAAGAAAGUACGUUGCCAUUGUUGAGCAGCCCAGUCGUCUCAAUGAAACAUCCAACAGCGAUAUUAACUAUGGACCGCAGUAUAAUUCAUUAAUUUCACAUGACGGUAAACAAAUUACCAAAUUUAGAAAAGUAGAUGAUCAGUGUAUUAUUUUACAACUGGUAACAGGCAAAAAGCAUCAGAUUCGGUAUCACCUCUCACAAAUUUUGAACCAACCCAUACUAAAUGAUCAGAAAUAUGGCAGUACUGCGAAGUUACCAAGAGCAUUCAAAAAUCAGAUAGCGUUACAUUCAGCGUGCAUCACGACGAAAAUUGGUUUGCAGACCAAAUGGCAUUUAAUACCUAUGAAAUACAAUAAUACUGGCGAGCUAUGGCCAAGAAAAUACGUCAGUGAGGAGGGCGAAUUCAUUUCAUCAAUCAAGGACGUUCUUAUGGAGAACUGGGACUAA